GAUUUGGGUAUCUCCUAAUUGAGGAGGGUCAAAAUACUGAUUGCCAAGUGAAUCCUCCUCAGUCAGCCUGUUGGAUGUCUCUGAGAAUUUAAGAAGUCAUGGCGGAAAAUGAUGCAAUGCCAACCUUACCAAAAAAGUGUGGCCCGUACAUUUCAUCUGUAACCAGCCGUGGCAUGAAUUUGGUAAUUCGUGGUAUAGUGCUGUUUUUUAUUGGCGUAUUUCUUGCAUUAGUAUUAAACUUGCUUCAGAUCCAGAGAAACGUUACUCUCUUCCCCCCUGAUGUGAUCACAAGCAUCUUCUCCUCAGCUUGGUGGGUACCACCUUGCUGUGGAACAGCGUCAGCUGUGAUUGGGUUAUUGUACCCAUGCAUGGACAGACAUCUGGGAGAGCCACAUAAAUUCAAGAGAGAAUGGUCCAGUGUAAUGCGAUGUGUAGCUGUCUUUGUGGGAAUAAAUCAUGCCAGCGCCAAAGUGGAUUUUGCCAACAACAUCCAGUUGUCUCUCACAUUAGCAGCCCUGUCAAUUGGACUGUGGUGGACGUUUGAUAGAUCACGAAGUGGCUUUGGUCUUGGAGUAGGAAUCGCUUUCCUGGCCACGUUGGUGUCACAACUUCUGGUCUACAAUGGAGUUUAUCAAUACACAUCUCCAGAUUUCCUUUAUGUUCGUUCCUGGUUGCCAUGUAUAUUUUUUGCUGGUGGAAUAACUAUGGGCAAUAUUGGCAGACAGCUGGCAAUG